AUGCCCUCGGUGCGAGGCUUCAACGUCACCGUAGAAGGAACGGAUGGCACACCAUUCACUACCUAUGGGACCCGCUCCAGAGGGAAAAUUGUCUAUACCAGCAUUGAAGCUCGGGAUGGUGCCAGGUUCCAGAUCCGAGUGACACCGGACUUCCCUUUUCCCGAACCGAAGGACGCAAUGGUUGGCGGCGAGCAACAAUCUAACAGCAGGCACGGCGUGGAGUCUUCCAAUGCCCAGAACGCCAUGGACUGCGACGAGCCAGAUGGUAAGCCCGAGAUACCUUAUGAGUUUUUCGCGUCCGUGUACAUUGACGGCAAUUCCGAAAGCGAAGACAACUCCCAGAUUCCUACCGAAGCUGGCGAACAACAUUAUCGCUCUAAAGGCCAUGUCUUCAAGGGUCGCUGCUGUGGCGCGGUCAUGGAGCAAGACGCGUUCGGUGGAAGCGAUUACGGGUCUGGAAUGCUCGCGAAGUACCUGGUGUUACCCUGGGUGUUCCGCCAAAAAGGGAUCGAUGUCUUGCUAAGUCACAUGAACAUCUCAGAAACGGAGGCGGACAUCCCAACGACGGAUCUCGAAGCAGAUUUGGCGGAUGUUACCGAAGCAAUGGCGAACGAUGGAUUGUCUAAACCAACCGGCAGGAAGCCAGGUCAGAUUGAAAUUGUCAUCACAAGAGAAGUGACUGUGAAAAUGGUGCGACCAAAGAAGUACGCGAAGCCAGAGGAUACAGUACAUCUUGACAACGACGAAUGCAAUACGCAUGAAGUCACUGUUGAUGCAAACAACAAGCGACACAUGCACUUGACCACGGUGAAGACACGUCCCUAUCGCGCAGACGAACAGUUCUUUUGCAAAGUAUGCAUUUCGUAUUGCGACAUUGCGAAGUUGAGGAAGCUGGGCCUGUGCACUCAGGAUGGUAGCCCGACCGACCGUCGACUUCUUGCAAUAUCCAGUAGCCCGGAGUCACCCGGUCCGCUGAAGCGUCUCAGGGAUUAUGAGUCUGGAAGGCACGAAGUUCGCACUGACGACCCCAUGCUGAGUGAUGGAGAGGAAUCAACGUCUUCGGAUUCAACAUCAGACUCGGAUGUGCCUCGUCGGAACAAACGACGUGGCGCAAUCACUUCCCGCAGAAGCAAGGCUAGGCCGGCUAAGCCGCGCAGGAACAACCAUACGCUAAGCUGGACAGCUCGGAAGGAUCAUGAGUCGACAAAUCAGAACCUGCGGGCUGCUCAUGCCUCAAGCACAAGCCUCGUGUUGCCCGAAUUCCAUUUCGAUUUAAACGAUGAAGUCUCUGGAUGGGUCCGCGAGCUUCAUGCAGAGUUUGGGAGACUGGGUGCAACUGACAACAAGCCGCAGCUAGCCCUUACAAGUGCAGAGCCAGAAGAUGUCCCCACUGGCACAGGAGAUAUGAAGUUGAUCACUGUCAGCAACGAAACUGUUGAGCUAUCGGACGAGGUAGACACCAUGCAUGAAGAGUGA